AUGCCUCGCCAACGACGUCCUGCUCAGGAAAAGGAGUCUGAACCAGCCAUCCAAGCCGCUGAGAUGACUGAAUCGGUCUUGGAGGUGCCACCCAAAAUCGUGAAGCGGCUGCUUCAUUGGAAUGAUUUGCCUCAUUGGCAGCGCGAUAAUCAUCAUAUUCAUUCGGGGUAUCGACCGGCGUCAUCUUCCUUUCUGAUCUCGUUCCAGUCUUUGAGCUACCUCCACAAUGAGUCCGUAAAUAUUUAUACUCACCUUCUGCCGGGUCUAGCUGCAAUCCCGGCUGCGUAUCAGCUCCGUCGCGUUCUCACGCCUCGCUAUCAGACGGCAGAUGAUUCAGACAUUGCGGCCUUUGCUUGUUUCUUCGCCGGGGCUGCUUUCUGCCUCGGCAUGUCUGCAACCUAUCACACGAUUUCAAACCAUUCUCCCAGGGUGGCGCGCUUUGGCAAUGCCCUCGACUAUAUCGGCAUUGUGGGUCUCAUCGUGGGCAGCUUUGUCCCCAGCGUCUUCUAUGGAUUCUACUGUGUGCCCACCCUCCAACACCGCUAUUGGACUAUGAUUUGCACCAUUGGGCUGGGCUGCGUGUUUGUCUCGAUUCUUCCGCAGUUCCGGACUCCCCGCUGGCGGCCCUUCCGUGCAGCCAUGUUUGUCGGGAUGGGCCUGUCGGCCGUCUUCCCUGUGCUCCACGGGCUGGCCCUCUUCGGGAUAGAGCGCAUGCGUCAGCAGAUCGGUCUCAGUUGGCUGCUGCUUCAAGGCUUUUUAUACAUUCUCGGCGCGGCAAUCUAUGCGGCGCGCGUGCCGGAGCGGCUGCGGCCUGGCCAGUUCGACCUCUUUGGCCACUCGCACCAGAUCUUCCACGUUCUAGUGGUAUGCGCAGCGGUGGCUCAUCUGACGGGGCUGCUGAAGGCAUUCGAUUAUCGGCACAGCGGGACUGCCGAGCUUUGUCAGGUUCAACGCGGCUGA